AUGGAAAACCAAAACGAAGAGAUGCAACUUAAUCGCGAAAAGAAAGAUUUGGAUCCCGAAGUGGCUCCAAUGUCUCCGGAGGUACCCUUUUCCCCAGAAAACUACCAGAAUGAAGAGAUGCAACUUAAUCGCGAAACGAAUAUUUUGGAUCCCGAAGUGGCCCCAAUGUCUCCGGAGGUACCCUUUUCCCCAGAAAACUUCCAGAAUGAAGAGAUGCAACUGAAUCGCGAAGAGAAAGAUUUAGAUCCCGAAGUGGCCCCAAUGUCUCUGGAGGUACCCUUUUCCCCAGAACACUUCCAGAAUGAAGAGAUACAACUGAAUCGCGAAACGAAUGUUUUGGAUCCCGAAGUGGCCCCAAUGUCUCCGGAGGUACCCUUUUCCCCAGAACACUUCCAGAAUGAAGAGAUGCAACUUAAUCGCGAAACGAAUAUUUUGGAUCCCGAAGUGGCCCCAAUGUCUCCGGAGGUACCCUUUUUCCCAGAAAACUACCAAAAAGAAGAGAUGCAACUGAAUCGCGAAAAGAAAGAUUUAGAUCCCGAAGUGGCCCCAAUGUCUCUGGAGGUACCCUUUUCCCCAGAAAACUUCCAGAAUGAAGAGAUGCAACUGAAUCGCGAAAAGAAAGAUUUAGAUCCCGAAGUGGCCCCAAUGUCUCUGGAGGUACCCUUUUCCCCAGAAAACUUCCAGAAUGAAGAGAUGCAACUGAAUCGCGAAAAGAAAGAUUUAGAUCCCGAAGUGGCCCCAAUGUCUCCGGAGGUACCCUUUUCCCCAGAACACUUCCAGAAUGAAGAGAUGAAACUGAAGUGCGAAAAGAAAGGUUUGGAUCCCGAAUUGGCCUCAAUGUCUCCGGAGGUACCCUUUUCCCCAGAAAACUACCAGAAAGAAGAGAUGAAACUGAAGCGCGAAAAGAAAGGUUUGGAUCCCGAAUUGGCCUCGAUGUCUCUGGACCAAUACUACGAGAAGUACGUCAAGAAGCCGGUCAGCAAGGGAAAGUCGUUCCGUCCUUCGCCGAACCCGUCGCUUUCGGAUGCGCAGCUCCGAUUCCAGCGGACGCACUACUUCGGCCCCGCCUACCGGCAGAACCUGGCCAACCCUACUGUGACAGCUAUGCGUGCUCGGCUAGAAGAACUGAGAAAGGGUAUCGAGCAGGGCAAGGCCAUGAUGUUCCUAAUGAACACUGAGAAAGAGCUGACUCAACUGAUCACCUGCCAGGUCGUCCUGCUGCUCCUGUGCAGCAUGAUCCGGCCUUAA